AUGGUGGAAGGUGACGAACAGAGGCUGAGACACUUGGAUCUGAGGAACGAGCUGGGAUUGCCGACGGUUUCCAUCAGAGAAUCGACAGAUUUCGCUAAGGACGACGAUCUCGCUAUCUUCCCGCCGACUAACCACGAGAAUCUCUACAUCGAUGGGUUCAAUAAGGACCGAGAAUUCCCGUCGGAAUCCUCUUCUCCCUUAUCUUCGUCGAGACUCUCGGAUUCGUCGUUGUCUCCGUCCGAUUCAGAUACCGGACAAUUUGAAGUUGACCGGAAAUCGCAUCCCCAUCUGUCAGAUGCCGUCGGAAAAUCCAUGAAUCACUACUCCAUACUUGAUACGUGGAAGCUUCUUCUCGCGCAACUACUGUCAAGGUUUCAGAAACUGGCAACCACCUGCUUCUCCAGUAACAGUCUCUGUUCUCUCUCAAGGACUCUCCAGUCAUAUUAUCCGAUUCUGGGCAUUGUAAUCUGGUGGUGGAUGCGUAAUCGAGCUCGCCGGCGACUUCACGAAGGUGAAAUGACUCAUCUAAGAAACACUAUCAAAGACAGAGACGAGAGAAUUGUUCAACUCUUGCAUCAUAUUGCUCAGACGAACGAGUUACUUGUAAAGAAAACACAUUCGAAUUGA